UGUGAGACUGACUGUGUGUCUGAUGCACAACAUGUUUGACCGCAGCUGUCAUUUAGUGAUACAUUGAGUGACACUGGACUACACCGACGAUGACAGUGGUGUUGAUGAUCGCCGAGAAGCCAUCGUUGGCCCAAUCGUUGGCCACAAUCCUGUCUAAUGGGCGGCAGAAGAGUCGGAAGGCAGUGAACAACGCGUGUUCUGUCCACGAGUACAGGUCUUCCUUCAGAGGACACAAAGAAGUGUUGUUUAAGUUCACAUCAGUUUGUGGUCACGUCUUCUCUACCAACUUUGUCUCCAAAUACAACAAUUGGGACACAACUGAUCCGCAGGACCUCUUCGACUGUGCCACCAUUAAAGAGGAGGCGAACCCGAAGUUAAACUUAAUUAAGUUCUUACAGAAAGAGACUGUAUUUCGCGCCAAAUUCAGCGCAAUCACUGACAAAGACAUAAAGUCUGCCAUGAAUUCACUGAUUCUGCCGAACGAAUUGGAAUCGCUUUCAGUGGACGCCCGACAAGAACUUGAUCUUCGGAUCGGCUGUGCUUUCACUCGCUUUCAGACGAGAUUUUUUCAUGGAAAGUACGGCGAUUUGGACAGUUCGCUCAUAUCGUUCGGCCCGUGCCAGACCCCAACCCUGGGCUUUUGUGUGGAUAGACACGACAAGAUCCAGACAUUCAAACCGGAGCCCUAUUGGGUGCUCAGUGUGUCCGUCCGAUCGGCCACUAAUGAGUGCUCACCGACGAUGACACUCGAGUGGGACAGAGGCCGCGAAUUCAACCAAAACACAGCCAAGUCUUACCUCAAUUCAGUGAAAUCCCAGAAAAGAGCCAAAAUUGUGUCCAUUUCUACCAAAGAGAAGACCAAACCGAGACCUAAUGCACUAAACACUGUGGAACUGUUGAAGAUCUGUAGUUCAGGCCUCGGCAUCGGUCCGCACACAACGAUGCAAAUCGCCGAACGGCUGUACACUCAGGGAUACAUCAGUUACCCUCGAACUGAGACCAAUCAAUACCCCAAUAACUUUGAUUUGGUCUCAACUCUCAGAACAAUGGCAUUAAGUAACGAUUGGGGACAAGAAGUGAAACAACUUCUUGAGAAAGGAAUAACGAAACCAAAGUCAGGUCACGACGCCGGAGACCAUCCGCCCAUCACUCCUAUGAAAAUAGCACAACAGCACGAAUUGGGGGAUCGGGACUCGUAUCGCAUAUAUGAAUACAUUUGUCGUCAUUUCAUAGCCAGCAUUAGUGCGGACAUGAGGUACGACCAAACGACCCUUUCCUUCGUCAUCGGAUCCGAAAACUUCUCCAAACAGGCGUCUAUUGUAACUGAUCCCGGAUUUACACGCUUUAUGUCAUGGCAUGCGAUACCCAACGAACAAAAGUUAUCAUCAAAUCUUAAAGUUGGCGAUGAAUUCUUGAUAACUGACGCUAAACUACUCGAGCGCAUGACCACAGCUCCCGACUAUUUGACUGAAUCAGAACUGAUUUCACUGAUGGAAAAGCACGGCAUUGGAACCGACGCUUCAAUUCCGACACAUAUUAAUAACAUAUGUCUCAGAAAUUAUGUAAAAAUUGGAACCGGAAGACGACUGAUUCCAACUCAGUUGGGAAUAGUGUUAGUCCACGGCUACCAAAAGAUAGACAGCGAUUUGGUUUUGCCGACCCGUAGGGCAGCCCUUGAAAUACAACUCAAUGAAAUAGCAGCCGGAAGAGUGGACUUCGAAACAGUUCUCAAUAAAACUAUUAAAGAGUUUAGAAAUAAAUUCUUAUAUUUUAUGGAACACAUCCCAGCGAUGGACGAACUCUUUGAGGUCUGCUUUUCCUCUUUGGCUGAUUCGGGAAAACCUAUUUCCAGAUGUGGCAAAUGUCGGCGAUAUCUGAAGCUAAUCGUAGCGAAGCCGCAACGGGUGUACUGUGCGACCUGUAAUGAGACCUAUUCUAUACCUCAAAACGGAAAUAUCAAAACCUAUCGCGAGUUGCGCUGUCCGAUCGACGACUUCGAGCUCCUGUACUUUUAUAGAACCGGUGCUUCCGAUAAGAGUUUCGUGCUCUGCGUCCACUGUUUCAAUAACCCUCCCUUUGAAUCGAUGCCAAAGUCUUCCGGUUGUAAUCAAUGUCCAAACGAAGAGUGCAAACAUUCAAUGAUUUCCAACACAUUGACUGAGUGCCAGAACUGCAAGUUUGGUGGACAACUUGUAUUGGAUCCGGGAUCAGGUCCUCCCACGUGGAGGGUUGGGUGCAACAAAUGCACGUUUUCGAUGUCCGCCUUCAAAGACGCACAGAGAGUGACGGUUGAGAACCAGAGGUGCGAUCAAUGCAGUCGCCGGUUGUGUUCAAUUGAAUACAAAUCAGACAAAUCGCGUCUAAAGGACGGAUCGCUUCAAUUCCACGGCUGUGUCUGGUGUUCAGACGAGUACUCAUCACUCGUUCAGGCUAUGAGUCGACUACAAACCAAUUUCGCCACUUCCUCCAGAGCUAACGGUUCUGAUCACAGACCCAGCUAUCAAUUGGAUGGCGGGUCCAACUCAAGCAGAGGUGGUCGCGGUGGAGGCAGAGGUGGUCGCGGCAGAGGUCGAGGCCGGGGCAGAGGCGGCGGAAGAGGUGGUCGCGGCAGAGGUCGUGACAGAGACCGAGAUAUGGAUGACGACUACUCGCACUCUGCACCGAAGGGCGCAAUGACUCUCUCGGACUUCAUGUGA